UUCUUCCCUAUCACUCACUCAAUAUAUUUUGUCACUUUCUCAUCCCAACAACCCUCUCCAAAAUUCCUUCUUAUGUCUUAAUCUUCCUCAUUUUCUUGAUUUAUCUUAUCCUCUUCUAGUUUCUUUUAGUGUUUACAAAUGGUGCCAACAAGUUCAGAAACUGUUCAAAACAGUAAAACUAAAUCCUCCAUUGAAGUUCCCAAUACUCAACAGAAAGUUGAAAUUUCAAUAUCUGAAAAGAAAAUUUCUGCUCCUUCUUCCCCAGCUAAUGGUGCAAUAGCACAAACUGAAACUCUAUCAGCUUCUGCUGCUACUGAUAAAUCUUUACAGAAUUCUCAGAAUGUUGAUGAUCAGAAAGUAAGGGGAGAAGCCACAAUUCCAAUGGGGAAUUACAAUGAUGCUGAGUACAUAGGGAUUAAUGAAGUUGUAUCUCCAAGGGCAAAUGAUCCUAGGAAACUUUCACUCUUGCCUCUAGUUUUCCUCAUAUUCUAUGAAGUAGCAGGUGGUCCAUUUGGUGUUGAGGACACUGUACAAGCAGCCGGUCCACUUCUUGCACUCGUCGGGUUCUUGGUUUUCCCGAUCAUAUGGAGUGUCCCUGAGGCACUGAUCACAGCUGAAUUAGGCACCAUGUUCCCCGAAAAUAGUGGCUAUGUUGUUUGGGUUUCAUCUGCUUUGGGUCCAUUUUGGGGCUUUCAACAAGGUUGGGUGAAAUGGUUAAGUGGAGUCAUUGAUAAUGCCCUUUACCCAGUUUUGUUUCUUGAUUAUCUGAAAUCAGGAAUUCCUGCAUUAGGUGGUGGACUUCCUCGAGUUAUCGCGGUAUUAGGUAUCACGUUGGUUCUAACUUAUAUGAACUAUAGGGGUUUAACUAUUGUUGGAUGGGUUGCUGUUAUGCUCGGGAUAUUGUCGAUCCUUCCUUUUGUCGUAAUGGGGUUCAUUUCGAUUCCAAAACUAAGGCCUGCGAGGUGGUUGGUGGCGGAUGUGCAUAAUGUCGAUUGGAACUUGUAUUUAAACACUCUCUUUUGGAAUCUGAAUUAUUGGGAUUCGAUUAGUACUCUCGUAGGAGAAGUGCAUAACCCGAAGAAAACUCUGCCUAAGGCUCUUUUUUAUGCUGUGAUUCUAGUCGUUUUAUCGUACUUUUUCCCUCUAUUAGUUGGUACUGGAGCUGUUCCACUCGAGCGUGACUUGUGGACGGAUGGUUAUUUCUCGGAUAUUGCGAAAAUCUUGGGUGGAGUCUGGCUAAGAUGGUGGAUUCAAGGGGCUGCUGCAUUGUCAAAUAUGGGGACGUUUGUGGCCGAGAUGAGCAGCGACUCGUUUCAGCUACUUGGUAUGGCCGAGAGAGGGAUGCUACCGGAGUUCUUUGCAAAGAGAUCACGUUAUGGAACACCUUUAGUCGGUAUCCUCUUCUCAGCUUCUGGUGUGAUUUUACUUUCAUGGAUGAGCUUUCAAGAGAUUGUAGCUGCAGAAAAUUUCUUAUAUUGCUUUGGAAUGAUCUUGGAAUUCAUAGCAUUCGUACGAUUAAGAAUAAAGUUCCCAAAUGCAUCGCGCCCAUUCAAGAUACCUGGUGGAACAGUUGGAGCCAUCCUACUGUGUAUUCCUCCGACCAUACUCAUUGGUGUCGUUUUGGCAUUUUCUUCAGUUAAAGUCAUGAUUAUAAGCCUCGCUGCUGUUGCAAUCGGGUUGGUGAUGCAACCCUGUCUUAAGCGUAUUGAGAAGAAUAGAUGGUUGAAAUUCUCCAUUAGUUCUGAUCUUCCUGACAUUCAUCACGAUACUGGAGCAUUACUUCAUUGAUUCUCAUAUAUUGUAGCUUUAUAACGUACAACUCCUCUACUAACAGGACAUAGCAGCAGCUGCAUGGAAUCCAGAACAUCUAUGGAGCACGCGCAUAGAUAAAAGAGACAUUUCACAAGGUAGCUUUUUAAUCUUGUAAGCUUGUGUUUGCCCUGAUCCUAGACCUAUUUUUCCAGGUGUUUGCAUUAGAAACAGAUGAUGAUAUGGUUUCUCUUUUAUAUAUGAAAAGUUGCAAAAAAUGUUAACUUUAUUUCUGCUCUCUUUUACUCUACUCGCUUUAUCCAAAAUGCAUUUAAACGAUAUCCAUUCUCUUCGUAUUCGAGAGUAACCUGUAAAUGAUUGUAUCUACUGAAUAUUGGUAUGCUUUUCUGAAUAUAUAUUGAGCUUUCAACUC